AUAUGAUUGGUGGUGGGUGCGGAAGCCAAAUAAUAGCGUGCAUAUUGCCUCAGAAUGUAAACAAAUUUGUACAAGGCAGGUACCACCAGCACAUAAUUUACGGCACGUUUAACAUAUUGCUAAAAACAUUACUAAUGUUUGGUUGACUGUUGGUGAUUCGUCUUACAAUUUAUCGGCACAAACAACUAAAAUAGACAACGUUAGCUACCUACAGUACAAUGAUGAGCAACUCGUCCACCUCAAUGGCUCACACUCUCAGCUUCGGAUCUGUCCGUCAAAGCCCCCCGUUGAGUUCAAAUUUUGCACUGACACAUGGACUGUUGGGCUCAGCUGCCGAGCAGUUAAUGGUUCAGAAGGAUUUCCAAGCUGCUUUUGACACAUGUGAGAGAGGUCUGGUGAGCCUUUUAAAAGCGGAGCAAGAGGACAGCAGGUAUGGGGAGUUGAAGGCUGCACUCUGCAUUGUGGGGAUUCAAGCAUUGGCUGAACUCAAUCAGUGGCCUGGUGUACUGGCAUGGAUUCUGCAGCAUUAUGAGUGCCCUGAGAAAAUAUCUGCAAAAUUAAUGCAGAUGUGCAUACUCCUCUACACCAAAGUGGGUGAGCAAGCUAUGAUGCAGGAGGCAGGCAAUGUUUGGCUGUGCUGCCCAUCCAAUGGGAGAUUGGUAGGAUUUGGGACUGUAGCAGAGCUUUAUUUACUGCAUAUUCUAGUGCCUUUAGGUCAUAUGACAGAGGCACGGGAGUUGGUUUUUGGUGAGGUGGGAGGUAUUGCAUUCACAGAGGACCAGAAACAAACAGCACUGGAUAUCGUGGAGAAUAAAGAGAACCUCAGCCAAGAACAACCUCCAAGCCCUAAUCCCAACCCCAGUCCUGUGGUGGUGGUUGCUGGACUUAACACACCUCAAGGUGCUGGGAUUCAGAAACUUGAGGCCUUGCUUAGGCUUUUGAACAGAGGACUAUCAGUAGCCAGUGGUGGGUUAUUCCGUCUUCGGAGAGUCUUUCUGGCUGCGGUCCUUCUCUACAUGCUUUUUGUCCGAAUGGAUCCAGCUCAUCCCUCAUCUUUCCCCUGGAUCUCACAGAUGCUGCAGAUGCUGAAGCAGAUGUGGGAUGCAAUGUUUGCCCCUUACUAUCAAGCCAGAGCUCAGAGCUAAGAACUGUAAAACCAUACAGCCUGGUGCUGGGACAUUAUGGUUUAAAUUUGACUGAGAAACAAGAGCUCACCAUUGACCCUCACCAUGUAAAUAUGAAUUAGUGACUGAGAUAAAGAGAGAAAUUAGGGGGGCUUUUGUUGGCAACAACAACAUUUAUACAUGUGAAGGCUAAAUGUGAACAGCAUGGAUACCUGUGAAGGCAGAAUGUGAUAGUAAUAGUCAGAAUUAAUUUCCCUGGUGUUGCAGAUUCAGUUGCUCCCAUAUAGGUGUGUGUGCGAGCGAGUCAGAUAGUGUGUGUGGUGACACAUUUUGUGUUGAUAUGAAUUUCCCAAUCCAAAUCAACUGCUGUAAGCAAGCUAAUUGUAAUCAGAUGCAUGUCAGACAUAUUAUAACUUUUUAAUUGGUAAUUGGUAAAAUGAGAAUUCUCUCAUUAUGAAUUACUCCAGUAUCUUUGGUCUGGCUCCAGCAGAUACCUUCUCAGGACACAGAUGCUGUGAGGUAUACGGGCUCAGACUGGUUGAAUGCUGCCAGAGAGGAUGGCGCAUGUAUUAGCGCGCUAGUGUGUAUUAGAUAGCUAGUGUGUACUAGGUUUACUAGCUAGCUAGUGUGUACUAGGUAUACUAGCUAGUAGUGUGUGCUAACUAGUGUACACUAGAUAGUAGUGGGAGCUAUACGUAGGUAUACCAACUUUUUUUCAGUGGGCAUUGCGUAUUAAUUCUUAAUCCCCACUGAUGCAUAUCCAAGUUAUAUGCCAUAUCAAUUAUGUAGUACAAUAGCGACAUCAUGCACAAAGUAGCCUACAUAAUCGCAAAGCAUGUGAAAUAUAUUCACAUGCGCAGCACACACAUAGCUCAUUUCUGCAGAAUAUCAGGCAGCAACCACGCUCAAUUGGUUUUCGCAUUGGAGCAGCUCACAGAAUUGAACGACAUCAGUAGCUGGUAUUGUAGGAAAGAGGUUUCAACUUUUAUCUACCAGGAACUAAGGAAACAAUGGAACCAGGUAUUGAAAAAGUUUGGUCUGAAGUCUGGGUUGAAUAUUUGUAAUGCACAGUUCAGUCAUCAAGCGCUGUUUGAAUGAACAAUUGUAUAGUUUUCACCAAAAAAAACUUGGUAAAGGGUUACCUGGCAGAAUGAAAUCAUGAUGAUUUGUAUCAAUCGGGAGGGCAUUUGUUUUGCAAACUCUGCCAUUUAGGUCUACAUUGUACAGUACAAACACACGGCUAGACAAAUGGUCACUUGAUAGGUGAGCAAUUCAAUUAAAAGGCAACUACACCCUCCAAAUAUUUAUAUUUUUCCCAGACCAGAAAAAUGGUCUCCUGAUGUGUUUCAAGCAUUGUUGUGGACUUAGUUGUUUUUCUAUUAAAAAGUGUGAUUUUGAGUGAAAACCUGAAAAAAAUAUAGUAAAACAGAACAAAAAAAACUGUAGGAAAACAGCAUUUUUCACACAGGGUGCCUUUUCCUUCACCGGCAAGCCUUUUUGGAAUUUUGGGGGGCAAAAUUAGAGUAUACCCACUUCUCCAAGCACCACUGCUAGACAGGGUUUCCAGUUAGCCUGUAAUAGCUGUUUUUUAAUAUAUAUAUAUAUAUAUAUUUUUGCAGAUUAAGUCAAAUUGCCACCUGACAAUUGUCCGGGAGAAGGAAAAAAUCCCAUUGGAAAUAAUGCUUUUUAGCCUAUUCAUUGAUGGAAAUACCAUUUGAUGGAAAUACAUUUGACCGGUCAUGCUUAUUGGUCUAUGUCUUAAUUUGCAUAAUUUUGUGGAAUUAAAUUGGUAUGUGUGUAUUAUA